AUGACAUCGACUAUUCGUCUUGACGUUUGGUCAGGCGACGAUUCCGAAAUUGGUCGCGAUAAUAAUAAUCAUCAAUUUUCACCUAAUUACACUAAUAAUAAUUUUCCCGAAAUGUUGACAAGAAGAAACAUUAAAGGCACCAACAACCACAGUCCAACAAAAUUGAAGAAAGAAGGAUAUGACCCCAUAUCUUUCGACUCCAUUGAUCUAGAUGAGAAUGGAAAAAUGUACAAACCACUACGGCAUCACGGGAAUAAGUACCUCGCAUUUUGGUAUCAAUACCAAGAAUACCUUCUUCCUUUAAUCAUCACGUUUAUUUCAUUUUGGACAAGACUUUAUUUAAUCUCACUUUCUAAUCGUGUCGUAUGGGAUGAGGCAAGUGGUCAUUUUUUUUAUAUCGUACAUGCACAUUUCGGCAAGUUUGGCUCGUAUUAUCUCAAACGCGAAUUCUACUUUGACGUGCAUCCACCACUCGGGAAAAUGAUUGUCGGUCUUGCAG